ACUUCAGCUGACAUCUGUGAAUUGACUGUGCGGUACUCUCGUCAUUCGAACGCCGAGUGGAAUCCACGUCAGAUUAUUCCUGGAUCCGAGAGGUUGCUUUCUUCUCUGCGAUGCAGGAGGAAUGAAGCACAAUCAUUGAUAUGCGACCAAAUCUAUGUAUUCUAGUCAACACUGGUGAAUAACAAAGAAGAGUCGAGAUGGCGGUUAAGUUCUGCGCCGCGCUCUCGUGGAUGUGCCUUCUGUCCACCGUAUACUGCUUCGACAUCGCGGGAGUUGACGAGUCUAUCCUCUUCAAGAUUCGAUGGAAAGAACCCCUCGACUCGCUCGAAAACAUACCCAAAGAGGGUUUCGAAUUCGUCCGGAUGAUGAGUGCAGAUAAGGAACCUUACGUCUGUUAUGUGCCCAAGACACUGCAGGUCGAAGGCCGGGACGCAGACGUCAGGAAUUACGUUGGUCCUACGCCUCAUGAGCUUCUAGAGCCCUUGUUUUCGCACAAAGUCUGUCGAUACAAGUUGGACUCAUACUGGACGUAUCAGCUAUGUCAUGGUCGGUCGCUUCGUCAAUAUCACGAAGAUACGAUCGCGUCAAAAGUCGCCAUCAUGGAGUUCUAUUUGGGGAAAUCCGAUCCGGAAACUAGGAAGCGCGACAAUGAAAUUUACAAGAGCCGACUGGAAGAGAAGUUGAGGGCUUAUACGAGCAAGCCACCUCCUAAACGAGUGGAGUCUGACUCUGAUACCGGAAACGUGAAAAUCAAUGACAUGGAACACUCCAUCAACCCCCCCGUGACCAAAGUCGACGGCAUUGAUUAUCCGGCUUUCGUCCUAAACAUGUCAUUCGGUACGCUCUGUGACAUCAAUGGACAACCACGAUCUACUCAGGUUUUCUACAUCUGUGAUGAGCUUUCUGAUCAUGACGUUCAUUCCUUCGAGGAAACGUCGACUUGCAAGUACAAAGUCGUCGUCCGCACUCCACUUCUGUGCAGUCACCCCAUGUUCAGGGUGGGGACGACGCCAGAGAAUGAAAUUUCCUGUCAUCGAGCCGGGGACAAGCUCGAUGUUGAAUCCGUGAAGGAAACGGAAACGCGCGAGUCGUCCGAGGAGAACGACGGCUCCGAAGUAAUUGAGAGGAACCUGAAUCAGCCGAAGAGAUUGCAGGAACAAGAGCGCGAGAAUCGAGACUUCAGAGCGACUUCUUCCGCGGAGAACGAGGGAAUUCAGUACAACAGCGAUUUCAAGAAUCUUGUUGAUGCUAUUGAGAGAAACCUGAAGAUAUUCUUCCUCCAAGACGAAGACGAUGAACGAUCAGAGCUACCACUUGAUCGAGAUGCUGAGGAUCUCUUGAGAAUUCUCAGCGGAGAUACAUGCCUGACCGGGGGGUCCGGUUGGUGGCGAUACGAAUUCUGCUAUGGGAAAUGGGUCACUCAAUACCACCUCGAGAAGAACGAGAAAAUGCAGGAAAUCCUCCUGGGCAAAUGGAACGAGGACAAGCACAGACAAUGGGUGUCCGCUGACCCGACGCGGAAAGUCCCUCCGAGACCUCUGUACGUGAAGCAUUUCUACAGCGACGGCGAUAUGUGUGCCGUGACGGGCAAACCGCGAACCGUGGAAGUGAAACUUUCAUGUAAAGCCGUACCCGGUCAUCCGGACGCGGUGAGCAUAUCUCUGCAAGAGCCGAAAGCUUGUGAAUACAAGCUAUCAGUGGAGGGCUCAAUCGUGUGCAGCCUGCUCACCAAAGUCGAUGAGGAUGGACUCCCCGAACAAUCAAGUCCUGCAUCUGGACCGCCGGCGGAAAGCUCGGAGAGGGACGAAAAGCAGGCGGAGCAAGAGAAAGAAGACCCACCAGGGUCGGAGGCUUGAAUGAAGAAGCUACUUCUCCAUGAUCUCGUUGAAUAAGAUUGCGUUUUGAAUAAAUCCGAAAUCCCGUCGCCGAUGAUGGGAAGAUAUU